GUCAGUAGCAGGUUAGUCUUUGGCGCCACAAGGUGUGAGGUGAGUGGUGUGGGCUUGGUGGUGGUGUUCAGAAAUAACUCCAUAACUGCACUAUGCUCUGCACGGGUACUACAAUCUUCCUGGCUUUUCUGGCUAGCGCCACCUGUCAGGUGUACGAUACUCACCAGCCGAUCGUAGAGCCUGCUAUCGUCACUCAAACCGUUACGGGCACAACAACCGUCACUCAAACCAUUCGCAUCCCCGUGACUUCAGAUGUCUGGGUCAGCUCGGUCACCUACCAUCCUGUUCCAGCGACGCAUCUCGUUACCGAAUAUUCGUACAUUCCCAUCGAUUCCACCACUGUCACCAGCGUUAUUGUUGUAACCUCAACUCCGGUGUCGGUGGUGACCCAGACCAGUCAGGUGAAUCCAGUGCGGACAGCGGUGUCAGUGUUCACAUCCUUCCUAACUGAUACGGAGACGCGUCGAUUGUACCACACCAUCACGCACACUGCCUAUUACCAUGAGCUGAAGACCGUUCCAGUACAUUCUGUCCAGACAUUGGUUCAACGGGUCACCACCACGAGUCAUCGUUAUACCACAGUCACAGUCACAUCCACCACUCUUGGAUAUCAUUGAAGAAAUCGAUCUAAUGAAAAAAGUGACUGGCUAACUCACAACCUUCACUUUGUUACUGAUGAACGCUGAUGUGAUGAAUGUUAACCGAGUGUAAGUUGGCUUAUAAAUUUGGAUGAAUUUU